CCGACGGCGGCAGCCAGCUGUGCAACAAAUCCGUCACAAUCGAGGUCGGUUCCAUCUUCUUAAACAUUUUUUCGUGCGAAAAAAAAGUAGCGAAAAAGCUAAAAUCACCAAGUUUAUCUCAACUGCAACCAAAGAAACCUCUUGGUAAUGGCAGACGUGAUUAUCUCCGUUGUAAUCGACACCGUAAUCAACAAAUUGACCUCUCCAGGCCUUCUAGAUUCUGUUGGCGGAGCCCAGGUCCAUUCGGAGCUGGAGAAACUGGAGAAAACGCUUACCAAAAUCAAGGCGGUGCUUGCAGAUGCUGAAGAGAAGCAAAUCAGUAAUCGUCUUGUUCAGAUUUGGCUGAGAGAGCUUCGAGACUUGGUUUACGAUGGGGAGGACAUCAUCGACGAGUUUUCUCUCGAGGGUUUGCGCCGGAAACAACAAAUUGAGCAGCGACAAGAAGAGGGGAGCUCAAGUAAGGUGUGGAGUGCUAUGCGCAGGUUUUUGGAUAAUUUGAAUCCUAAUCGUGUUGGGUUUAAUAUGAGAAUGAAGUCUGAGAUUGAAACUAUAAACGCUAAAUUUCAGCAAGUAAUUGAGAAAAAGAAUGAUUUAGAGCUAAGAGAAAGUGGUGGCGAUGAUAGGAGUAUUAAAUCGUUGAAAAGAUUACCCACUAGUUCUUUGGUUGAUGAACAUGUAGUGUGUGGUAGGGAUGAGGAGAAAGAGAAGAUUCUUCAAUUGGUGGUGAGUGAGGAAGGUUGUGAUGAUGGGGUUUGUGUGAUUCCUAUAGUUGGUAUGGGCGGAGUGGGUAAGACCACUCUUGCUCAGCUUGUUUACAAUGAUAGCAGAGUGGUCGAUUGGUUUCAUUUGAAAGCUUGGUGUUGUGUUUCUGAGGAUUUUGAUGUUAUUAGGGUGACAAAAAUGAUUCUUGAGGCAAUAACAAUGAAGGAUUCCAACAUAAACGAUUUAAAUUUGCUUCAAAUGACAUUGAGGAAACAAUUGAUGGGGAAGAGGUAUUUGAUUAUCUUAGAUGAUGUUUGGAGUGAGAAGUAUGAGGAUUGGAUUGUGCUUCGUCAGCCUUUCCAUGUGGGAUCUCCAGGAAGUAAAAUUAUUAUCACGACUCGAAAUCAUGGUGUUGCAGCAAUUAUGGGUACCGUUGAAGGCCACUUUUUGAAGGAGCUAACAUUUGACAAUUGUCUGUCUUUGUUUGCGGUGCAUGCAUUGGGAAGAAGAAAUUUUGACGGUCACUUGAAUCUAAAGGAGAUUGGUGAGAAGAUAGUUCGGAAGUGUGGAGGACUGCCCUUGGCUGUAAAAUCACUUGGGAGUUUGUUGCGCAUGAAGCCUGAUGAGGAUGAAUGGAAAAGAGUAUUGAAUAGCCAGAUUUGGCAUUUGCCAGAAGACAAGAGUGGUAUUCUUCCAGCCCUGAGAUUGAGCUACUGUUAUCUUCCUUCUUAUUUGAAGCCAUUAUUUGCUUUCUGCUCAAUAUUUCCAAAGAACUACGAGUUUUAUCAGGAUGAAUUGGUACUGUUAUGGAUGGCUGAGGGUUUUCUGCCGCAAGUAGGAGGAAAAAAGCAGAUGGAAGAGUUUGAUUCUUAUUUUAAUGAACUACUAUCAAGGUCAUUUUUUCAAAGAUCAAGCAUUGAGGAAUCGCAGUUUGUGAUGCACGAUCUUGUCAAUGAUUUGGCUCAAUCAGUUGCUGAAGAAGUGUGCAUGAUUUUAAAUGAUAAGUUUGAAGGUAACAAGCUCCAGCAAAUUGUUGAGAUUGCUCGCCACUUUUCGUUCACUCGUUGUACAUAUGAAGUGUGGAACAGGUUUGAAGUCUUAGGUAAAAUGAACCAUUUAAGAACUUUCAUUGCAUUACCAGUUCAUGUGUUGCCUUGCUCAUGUUACUACUUAAGCGGGAAAGUCUUACAUGAGGUGUUGCAAAAAUUAAGACGCUUAAGAGUUCUAUCAUUGAGUGGUUAUAACGUUAGUGAGCUGCCAGAUUCAAUCUCUAAUUUGAAGCAUUUACGGUACCUUAAUAUGUCUUGCACCAAACUUAAAUGGUUACCUGAAUCUUUGAGCACUCUUUUGUACCUAGAAACACUGUUAUUACAUGGCUGCACAGAGCUUACUAAGUUGCCCCAAGGCAUUGGGAAUUUGAUCAACCUUUGUCAUCUAGAUAUUACCAAUACUCCCAAUUUGCAUGAGAUUCCAUUGCAGAUAGGUAAUUUAACUAGUCUUCAGACAUUGUCUAAAUUUAUUUUGGGAGAAGGUUGUGGCCACAGGAUUAGAGAACUAAAAGAGUUGAAGCAUCUUAAGGGAAAACUUUCCAUUAUGGGGUUGGAUAAUGUGACAGAUGGUCGACAUGCAUUUGAUGCUGAUUUAAGAAAAAGGCACAAUCUUCUUGAGUUAGGGUUGGAAUGGAGCAGCAACUUCCAAGAUCUUCGAAAUAAGGAAUGUGAAAUGCAAGUACUUAAGUGGCUAAGACCUUGCACAAGUCUUAGAGAGCUCAACAUUUUGUUCUAUGGAGGUACAGAAUUCCCAUUGUGGAUAGCAGAUCCCUCGUUUGCUAAAUUAGUGCAACUAAAACUCUCUUGUUGUAGACAAUGCACUUCACUACCUUUUCUUGGUAGACUACCUUUACUUAGGAAUCUGUGCAUAGAAGGCAUGGAUGCGGUAAAGACUGUUGAUUUUGACUUUUAUGGAGAUGGUUCUCCUUUGGCCAACCUUUUUCCAUCUUUAGAGACACUGAAAUUUGAGGAUAUGUUGGGAUGGGAAUUGUGGUCUUCUAAUGGAGACAAUGAACAAGCCGACAAUAUGUUUCCUUGUCUCUCAGAACUUACUUUAUUGAAUUGUCCCAAGUUAAUUAGGAAAUUACCUAGACGCCUUUCUUCACUUGUAAAGCUCACGAUAUGCAAUUGCCCAAUAUUGGAACAUUCACUUAUAAGCCUUCCAUCCCUUCAUAAGCUGAAGUUAGAAGAGUGCAGUCAAGUGGCAUUGAAACACGUGGUUGACAAUUCUUCCUUGACAACGCUGAGGAUCAGGAGCAUGGCAGAUAUCACUUGUUUGCAGGACAUUUUUGUGCAGUCGCUAGGAGCACUUAAAGUUCUAGUGAUUGCUAGUUGCACAAAACUAACAUUUCUGUGGAAUCAGACAACUGGAUUAGAAAACUUGUUAGGUCUUGAACGCAUUACAAUUAAGGACUGUCCUCAACUUGUGUCAUUAACAGAGAAUGGCUCAGUCUGCAACGAUGAAGAGCAACUGCCAUAUGGGCUACAUGGACUCCAGUCUCUCAAGGAUCUGCAUGUUGAAUCAUGCCUGAAACUCGUAUCUUUUCCUGAAGCUGGAGUCUUGUCCACGCUAAGAUGUCUUGUGAUAAGGAAUUGUCAAGCUCUGAUGUCCCUGCCUGAUGAUAUUAUGAGGUUUAGCUGCAGAACUAAUAUGUGUGUUCUUGAAGAAUUGGAGAUUGAAGAGUGUCCUUUGCUUGAAUACUUUCCAAGAGGCGAGUUACCCAUGACGCUGAAAGUGUUGAAAAUCCGAUUCUGUACAAAACUCCGGUCUUUGCCUGAGGGAUUAAUGAACAAGGUUAACAUGUCUCAUCUAGAACACGUGGAGAUCAUUGGUUGUCCAUCUUUAACAUCCCCUCCAACAGGAAAAUUGCCUUUUCAAGUUAAAUCACUUCAGAUCUCGGACUGCUCAGAAUUGGAGCCACUUCCUCGAAGGAUGCGGCAUGACAAUGCAACAAUUGAAUACGUUAACAUUUGGAGCUGUACAGUUCUGAAAAGCUUGCCAGACUGCCUUAACAGCCUCUCUUGUCUCACUGAAUUAUAUAUAAAUAAUUGUUUUGCUCUAAGGUCCUUUCCAGAAGUGGGCCUGUCCCUUCCCAACCUCAGAACAUUGAAUAUCUUCUAUUGCUUCAAUCUGAAAUCUCUACCUAGUCAGAUGGGAAACCUAACAUCUCUUCAAGAACUGUCAAUAUGCAGCUGUCCUGGUCUUGCAUGUUUUCCAAAAUGGGAUUUGCUUCCGAAUCUAACAUCCCUUGAAAUUUGGGAUUCUGGAAAUUUUGAAUUGACAAUGUCAGAGUGGAACGUACACAAUCUAACCUGUCUUAGAGAUUUAAGCAUCGCAGGUGGAUGCUUCAAAAAUGCUGUUUCCUUUCCAAAUGAGAAGUGUCUGCUGCCUACAUCUUUAAUAUCUAUUUAUAUUGGAGAGCUCCCAAAUCUGGAAUCCCUAUCCAUGCAGCUGCGAAGUCUCACAUCUCUAGAAGAGCUAGAGAUUGUUAAUUGUCCUAGGCUUCAUUCUUUACCAAGGAAAGGCUUGCCUCCUACACUUGGAAGAUUCAGUAUUAGGGACUGUCCACUUCUAAAACAACGGUGCUUCAAGGAGAAAGGCAUAUAUUGGCCCAUGGUAGUACACAUCCCGUGCAUCGAGAUGGAUGGCAAAGACAUCUAAUGAACUGAUUCUAGUAAAUCAUUUUAUGCUUUUUUUUCUGGGAUAAUUGCAAGUUGAGAUGCUAUCCUUCACUCAGGACAAAGAAAACAAGAAACUGAAAUGGUCUGAAGUAUUCCAGCCAAUACUGCAACACACUAAUUUAACAGGGGAAAAGACAAUGAAAGAGGAUCUUGGCGUCCCACAACUGCAAUCAUGACAGCACUCUAGAUCUUUCUUCUUUUCCCUGUUAUUCUUUUAUGUCUUCUUCUUCUGUUUGUUGAGGGAAAGAGAGGUGGUGGGGGUUGUUGGUUGAGGUGGGGAGCUAUAGAUCUCUAAUGCUCCAGAAGUGAGAUGUUUGGGGCAAUCAACCCCUCUGCUAUGUGAUCUCAAGGAUUUUAUGUAUUUGAUGCAUUGAUUUGAAAUAGAAUGACUAGAUUUUUAUUCA